AUGCUGAACUUAACGUUCUUUGAUGACGACGGAAGCUUUUGUCGCAUCCAGGAAGCCUUCACCGUUGCCUCGGUGAUCAACCCGCUGAUGGCCAUAGGCAAGCUGUUUCGAGAAGGCCGGGAGUUGCGAGUGAACGAAGAAGAAGGUAUGUGUCUUACAGACGGAAGCUCAAGAAUACCAGUGCAUCUCCACAAGAACAGCUUGGCAGCCUACGCCUACGUACAAACUCCUUCAAGAAGCAGAAGUUACAGCAGCAACAACUACAAGAUGGUUCGGACAGUUGUUCAGCUCAACAAGCACGUUCAGGAAGCAGUGAACAGAGAAGAACCUGGUUGGCACAACACAGACAGCAUGGUGAUCGUGAAGUACGCCACUCAAAGCAGCUACGAGAACCCAUCUCUCAUGUAUAGCCCUACGCACUUUCCGUACAGAAGCACUUUGGUGAAAGAAGAGAGAGGAUGGAGAGCAGUUGAAGUUUCAAAGAAGUACUCCGAGAAGGCAGACCCUUUUGAAGAGUUUGCAGAAGGAGAAAAGGAAGUGGUUACAGCCAUUUCAGCAAAGCCAAUUCCACUUUGGAUCCUUGGCACCCCUUACGCAGCUGGAGAUCGAGCAGAGCAAGAAAGUCAUGGUCGUGACUACUGGAAAAUAGACCUCGAGAAGGGAGAAGUUGUUCGUCACCACGUAGUACCGAGAACUGUGCUGUUUGACCCGACAGGAGUUGCCAACUGUCCUGUCCUCCUUGGAGAUCUUGAGAACAGCAGGUAUACCCAAGGAGACUGCAUCUACAGUACGGAGAUCUACGAACACAGCGACGACUGGAGAGCAGACCGCCUACCUCUACGUGAACACUUUCGUUUGCCGUGGUUUGGUCAAACAAGGUUCCGUGUGAAGCCAGAAGUUGUUGAAGACCUAAAAGCAGAAGCUGCAGCAGAGGAGCUAAAGAAGAAGAAGGAAGAACACUACAAAAAGAAGGAAGAUUCAGCAGCACCACCAGAAGCGCAGGAGAGUAAAGACGAAGAGAUGAGAGAAGCACCAGCAGACCAAGAAGCACCACAAGAAGUUGUUGAAGUUUUGGAGGAAAGCUUCUACCACGAAGGCGUCGAGUACACAGCGCAGAAAAGCAGUCUUAAGGAACUACAAGCACUUUGCAGAGAGUACAGAGUGAAGACAACAGGAAGCAAGAAGCAGCUCUUGAAGAGACUCGCCACAGCAGUCAGAGAAGAAAGGCUCAGCACGCAACACAAGGAACAACGGGAACACCACCAAGCAUACCACCUAGCACCACCACAGGAACCAACGGAAGAGGAGAGAGCGUACCACAACUUGACGCACCUUCCGUAUCAGCCUUGGUGUCCCCAUUGCGUUGCUAUGAAAGCACGAGAAGACAACCACAAGAAAGGAUUGAGCAAGCCAAGCAGCUCUACGGAUUCCGCGAAGCCCGUCAUCAGUUUUGACUUUUGCUAUACAAGCACCACAGGAAGUGAAGAGCCACCAGCAGUGACUCUUGUCGCUGUGGACAGCUGGAGCAAGGCAGUUCUUUCGGUGCCCUGCAAGAGGAAAGGAGGUGCAGGAAGCACGACGCAUCUCGCGGAAGCACUCGUGCAGUUCACCACGCAGCUCGGGUACAACACCCUCGUUCUCAAAGCAGACAACGAGAACGCAGCCAAAGCACUCAAGGACAAAGUACAGAAAGUACGCAGCAGCCUUGGACUUUCUACAACACUACAGGAAAGCAUUCCUUACGACCACGAAAGCAAUGGAGCCGCAGAAAGAGCAAUACAAACAGUACGGAGGCAAGCGAACACCAUUCUCGAUGAACUCAGAGAAAGAACACAGCUGGUAGUAAGCUGGGCGUUUAGACACGCCUGCUGGCUACUCAACAGGUUCGCAGUGAGCAGCUCCACAGGAAGAACGCCACAGGAAGUUAUCCACGGAUACCCCUACUCAGGGAAACUUGUACCCUUUGGUACUGUUGUGAUGGCGAAGAGGUUGAAGAUCAAGAAGAAAGGUGACAGGAUAUGGAACGCAGGAAUAUUUUUAGGCACGACAGAGCAAGACACAUGGAUCGUUGCACAGCCUGAUGGCAUACAUAUCACACGCAGCGUGAGACCACUACCAGAACAGUACGACUCCAAAAGAACAAGCAACAUAGAGGUCCAUACCUGGAACCUCAACACACCACUCCUUGGAGCAAGAGUACUUCCAGAGAAGAAGCAAAGACAACGACCACAGCUAAGCAUCCUGCCCCCUGUUGCCGAGGAAGAACGCGAACAGCUCGAGAACGACGAGGCCGCUAGCGACCCUCCGAGUUCGGAGGACAGCAGUGAAGAGCAGCAACGAGCACUUGAAGACAGAGAGGAACAAAGUGAAGCCAGCAGCAUGAGUGUGACGAGAGACAGGAAAAGAAGAGCUGAAGUUGAUGACGAGACCCUUUUGGAGGAACUCAGAGCAGUUGAGCCACUUACAGCCUCAGCAGAAGCACUUUCAGCACCAGCUGAACCAAGAGCAGAAGCAAGCAAGCACAGCCUUGAGCCUGAGGAACCAAGCUCACCCAGCAAGCUACGAAAGCAAGUUAACAGAGCAGAGGAAACAGACGGUUACCUCAACAUGCCUCAUGAUGAUGAAGUCUACGAAGCAGAUGAUGAGUUUGUGUACGAGUCGGAAGAAGAAGAAGAGGAGACAGAGAGUGAACCAACGGAAGUUUCUACCAAGGUCCCUGUCGAGUUCUUCGACGAGGAGAAAGGACCACCGAACGUGGAUCCGGCUUUUCUUCAGAAGUUGGAUGAUGAAGCUACAGUCAAAGAAAUCAAGAGGUUAACAAAGAUGGGAGUUAUUUCGUUGGUUUCUACGGACCCUCAGGAAGCAACUGAGAACGUACCUCUGGUAGAUUCAGAGCAAGAACUUCACAAGUGGUUGACAACGAAGUUGGUGAAAGAUUGGAGGUUCAGAGAAGCUACAGGUUUUGAAGCUGAAGAAGCCAAAGAAGGAACAACAAAGCCCAAGCAGAUUCAAAGAUGCUGGCAACGACGAAUUACAAAACUGGUGCCCAUGUUGGCUCUCGCCAACCAUUGGGCGAUCUACAGUGUCGACGUGAAGGUCAACGCGACGCAUCCAGUCUUUGGUCAGACUUUUGUGAUGGUCUUUUGGUGGAAGAGAAGUUUGAGCGUUGUACAGCAGUUCCAGCACUUUACCGUCUUCUACGACAAGGAAAAGUGGAACCUCAAGAAGAAAGUGAACCUACAAGUUGAAGGACCUCUUCUGAACGAGGAAGACUACGAGAAAGGAUUUUCUGAGGAGACCGUGAAGUUUCUCAAAAGGAAGUACACGUACGAACAACAUGAACUACGAGUACAUAGCGAUAGCAAGUACGUGAAGAAACUCGUGGAGAUCCUCAAGCUGGAGAAGAAGAAGGCCAAGAACUCACCCUGCACACCGGCUAGUCAGGAACCUGACGUAUCCCAAGAACUGGACGAGGAACACUCGAGAACGUACAGAAGUUGUGUCGGCAUUUUGCUGUACGUAGCGCACGACCGUCCGGACAUUCAGUUCGCAGUACGUAGCCUCAGUACUGCCAUGACGAAGCCAACGGAACGCAAAAGAAAGGAGUUGGAGCACUUGGAACGUCAGCUCUACGUCACCGCGCCGAAGAACCACAAGAACUACAAGAACCUCGAGAACAACCACGCGAACGUUUGCUGGAAGUUUUUAGUGAACUACGACGUGGACUCCUUCGACGAGGCAAAGAAAGAAGUGACAGAGAGAGCAGAGAAGUUGAAGAAAGCUGAGGAAAGCCUGGAGAAGGAAAAGGAGCAGUUCGGAAACCAAAAGACAGAGUUUGAGGAGACAGUGAAAAGGUUUUUGAAGAAGCAGAAGGAGGUGAAGGAAAAGGAAGACAAAGUUACAGAAAGAGAAGAGAAGUCAGAGAAAGACCAAGAGACCUUCCAAGAACAAGCCAAGGUCUUAAGCGAGAAGGAGACAGCCCUCGAAGAAGCUGAGGAGAACGUCAAAGCAAAGGAAGCAGAGGUUGAAAAGAAGAAGAAAGAGGCAGAGAAGAGAGAGAGAAAAGCCCAGGAAAGAACCGCCGGCUACGACCAGGAGAGAGAAGAGUACGCCAAGAAGUACGUUGACGACGCAAAGAAGGACUUGGAGAGAGAGCUUAAAGUGCUAAAGCAAGAAGAGAAAGUAAGGAACCAGAAGCUCGACGACCUCCAGUACGACUACAAGAGCCUCAAGGACGACUACCAGUACUUCAAAGGUUACUCACAGGAAGUGGACGCACUUCUACUUGCAGCUAAGGACAAGAUCGUGAAGUACAAGAAGAAGGUCAAGAGCCUCAAGGAAACCUUAGGUGCAACCUUGUCUGGAAGCGAAGGUGAAGAAGAGACAGAAGAAGCGUACAAGAGCAAAGCAGAAGAAGAGAAAGAGAAGAAAGAGGCGCAGGCAAAAGAGGAAGAGAAGAAGAAAGGAAAAAGGCCAAAGCAGGUAGAGACAGAAGACCAAGAAGAGAAGCCGUCAAGCAACCAAGGAGACGAAACUACCGUCGACCCGAACGACAUAGCCGAGUUCACGCAGCUUGGCUACGUGUGGGAGUUCAACAAGAAGACGCAAGAGUACCGCGCGAAGUGUGAGGACAAGAAAGGAGCCCCAAGAAUCAAGAACGCUCCGGUGAAAGGCCGCCUCCUUUGGAACAAGGUGACGGAGUGCUACAGGAAACACAACAUUUGGUUUACAGACGGAAAGGAAUUGGAUAAAUUCCUCGAAACCAAGGAGAACGAGAAGAUCGAGGAAGAGGUGCAGCGACGCAUCCACGCGAAAGGCAAGCACGACAACCAAGGAACGAAGGGAAAAGGCCCUUCCUGGGACGACGGACACAACGACGGUUGGUGGUACAACGACCAGUGGAACAACGAGAACUGGAGCACCACCGACGACGGCAGCAACUGGUACGAGAACGCGAACCCCCAGAACAAAGGCUACUGGCAGACGCCUGAAGAGUGGGCGCAGCAGAACCAGUGGGACCAGUGGACACCCAAAGGAAAGGGUAAAGGCAAGAAGUCCAAGAACUGGGUGCAGACCCAGUGA